CUCUCUCUCUCCCACUCUCCCUCCCUCUCUCCCAAAGUGAACAAAAAACUACCACUUUAUGUUACACAUCAAGAAGUUUUUUGUGAAAUUAAUCAUGAAACAAAAAAAGUAACACAACAUUAUAUUUUUUAUGUCUUACCAAAUUAAAUAAUUACUGCAACGCAACGGUAAUUUAAAAUCAUGCACGCAUGCAUGCAGAAUUGCAUGGUUAAUUAACUAACAAUAUUUUUUUUUCAAAGGAUCAUCAAUUUUGAACUUUCAUGCAUGCUAUACAAUGGAAGGCUUAGAAGAUUUCACAAAUGAAGAACUAGAAGAAUAUCAAAACCAAAAGAAAAAAACAACAAAAUCAAAAAGAAGACAAUUAGGUCUAUCAUGCAUGUUAAGCACUGAAGUUGGUGCUGUUCUAGCAGUGAUACGUCGUUAUCCAGAAUUCACACCUCUCUACAACAUAUCUCCUUCUGAUGAAAACUAUGAUUCUUCCAUUGUUUCUUCAUUGAGAUCUCUUCGUUCUCUCAUUUUCAAUCCUCAACAAGAAUGGAGAACCAUUGAUCCUUCAAUAUAUUUAUCUCCUUUUCUUGAUGUUAUACAAAGUGAUGAUGUUCCGGCUUCUGCUACCGGCGUUGCGCUUUCGUCUAUACUUAAGAUUCUUAAGUUUCAAGUGUUUGAUGAUAAGACUCCGGGUGCGAAAGAAGCGAUCGAAUCAAUUGUUUCAGGGAUUACUAAUUGUAGGCUUGAGAAAACUGAUCCUGUUUCUGAAGAUGCUGUCAUGAUGAAGAUAUUGCAGGUUUUAGCAGGGAUAAUGCAUCAUAAAGCUUCAAUCUUACUCACUGAUCAAUCUGUUUGCACACUAGUUAAUGCAUGUUUUCAAGUUGUUCAGCAAUCUGUGAACAGAGGAGAUUUACUACAAAGAAGUGCAAGAUACACAAUGCAUGAACUUAUCCAAGAUGUGUAUGCAAGGUUACCUGAGAUUGAUAUUAAGGAUAAUAGAGAAGGAGAUUCUGAAUCAGACAUAGAAGAAGAUGAUGAUGAUAAUAGUAGUAUGGAACAUUCUGGUUAUGGAGUUAGGUGUUGCAUUGAUAUAUUUCAUUUUCUAUGUUCUUUGUUGAAUGUUGUUUCUAUAGUUGAGGCAGAUGGACCAACUACUCAUACAGCUGAUGAAGAUGUUCAGAUUUUUGCUUUGGUUUUGAUUAACUCAGCUAUUGAAUUGAGUGGUGAUAAGAUAGGGAACCACCCUAAACUUUUGAGGAUGAUUCAAGAUGAUUUGUUUCAUCAUUUGAUUUAUUAUGGAAGUUGGUCUAGUUCAUUUGUCCUGUCUAUGAUUUGUAGUACCGUUUUGAACGCCUAUCACUUUCUUCGAGGGUUUAUUCGUUUCCAAUUAGAAGCAUUCUUUGGACAUGUACUAAUAAGGAUUGCAACACUUGGAAGCACAAUUCAUCUUCAAGAAGUAGCAGUAGAAGGGAUAAUAAAUUUCUGCAGACAACCAACAUUCAUAAUUGAAGUUUAUGCAAACUUUGACUGUGAUCCAUGUUGCAGAAAUGUGUUUGAAGAAGUUGGAAGAUUACUUUGCAAGCAUUCAUUUGCAAUAAAUGGUCACUUAACAAGUUUACACAUUCAAGCUUUUGAAGGACUAUUGAUUAUGAUUCACAACAUUGCUGAUAACAUUGACAAAAUUGACGAUUCAACACCUUUAGGUCCUUACAAUACUCAAUUGAUUGAGUAUACACCUUUUUGGGAGGACAUCGAAAAAGACGAUGACUUAGAAACUUGGGUCGAACAAGUUCGUGUCAGGAAAGUGCAAAAGAAGAAAUUACUUAUAGCAGCGAACCAUUUCAAUAGAGAUAAUAAAAAGGGUCUAGAGUACUUGAAGCAUGCUAAGUUAAUAUCUGAUCCUCCUGACCCAAAGGCUUAUGCUUAUUUCUUUCGUUACACGCCUGGCCUAGACAAAAAGGCGAUAGGCGAAUAUCUUGGUGACCCUGAUAAUUUUUACCUACAAGUUCUUAAGGAAUUCACAGAAACUUUUCUUUUUAAUGGGAUGAUUCUUGACACUGCAUUGAGAUUUUAUCUAGAGAGUUUUUGGUUACCGGGCGAGUCACAAAAGAUUCAACGUGUGUUAGAAGCGUUUUCGGAGAGAUUCUUUGAUCAUCAAUCAUCUGAUUUAUUUGCAAGCAAGGACACUGUUCUUAUCUUAUGCUAUUCACUCAUCAUGCUUAACACUGAUCAACACAAUCCACAAGUUAAGAAGAAAAUGACAGAAGAAGAGUUUAUCAGAAACAAUAGAGCAAUCAAUGCAGGACAAGAUUUGCCUAGAGAGUAUCUUUCUGAACUUUUUCAAUCUAUUUCUAACAAUGCAAUUGCACUUGCUCAAACUAUUGUGUCAUUAGACAUGAGCCAAAGCAAGUGGAUUCAGCUCAUAAACCGAUCCAAAGUAAUGCCGAGUUUCAUACAAUGCGAAUUCGACCGUAGAAUGUGUAGAGAUAUGUUUGCUUGUAUUGCAGGUCCUUCAGUAGCCGCUCUUUCGUCGUUUUUUGAGCAUGCAGAUGAAGAGGAACUUAUGCAUGAGUGCCUUGAAGGGUUAUUUUCGGUUGCGAGAAUUUCUCAAUAUGGAUUAGAAGACACACUUGAUGAACUGAUAACAUCUUUUUGCAAAUUCACAACAUUGCUAAAUCCUUAUGCUUCAACAGAAGAGACCAUGUUUACAUUCAGUCAUGAUUUGAAACCAAGACUGGCAACAGUUGCUAUUUUCACUUUGGCGAACGAUUUUCGAGACUCGAUUCGAGGAGGAUGGAAGAACAUAGUAGAUUGCUUGUUGAAACUCAAAAGGCUCAAAUUGCUACCACAAUCUGUCAUUGAUUUCGAGGCGUCGAUAGAUGCACCAACAACACCUGAAUCAGGUGCCAUUUCUCCAACUGAUGAUCAUAAAUUUGGCGCUCAUCGGUUUCCUAGCAUCAUGACUCGUCUGUCGCUUCUUUCGCAUGAAAACGAAGAUGGUUUAACACUUGGUAGUGAAUUUGAACAGAAUCUCAAAAUGAUAAAAAUGUGCAGAAUUGGUAGCAUCUUUAGUAGUAGUUCAAACAUUCCUACAGGUUGUUUACAAAACCUUGGAAGAUCAUUGAUAUUUGCAGCCGCCGGAAAAGGCCAAAAGUUUAGCACACCGGUUGAAGAAGAAGAAACUGUUGGAUUUUGUUGGGAUGUAAUCACUGCAAUAUCUUUAUCUAAUGUUCACAGAUUCCAACUAUUUUGGCCAAAUUUUCACGACUAUCUCCUAGCAGUUGCUCAAUUUCCAAUGUUUUCGCCGAUUCCAUUCGCUGAAAAGGCUCUAUUAGGCCUUCUCAAGGUAUGUCUCAAGCUAUUUUCAACACCAAGAGAAGACAAACUAGCCGAGGAACUUAUUUUCAAGUCCAUAACUUUAAUGUGGAAACUCGAUAAAGAAAUACUCGACAUGUGUCACGAGAUCAUAUCGCAAUCGAUGUGCAAAAUAAUCAUCGAAUACCCUGCAAACCUGCAGACUCAAAUUGGAUGGAAGUCAGUGUUGAAUUUGUUAUCAGUUGCAUGGAGACACCCGGAAACUUACGAUAUAGGAAUCGAGGCCUUAAUAUCAUUAUACUCUGAUGGCACUUAUUUGACACGAAUGAAUUACGCGUACUGCAUAGAUUGCGCUUUCGGUUGCUUCUUAGCCAAGAAUAGUCCAAUAGAGAAAAAAAAGAAAAUAUUGGAUCUUUUAGCUGAUUCAGUAAACUUGUUGAUUCAAUGGCAUAGAACACAAUAUUCAGAUCCAGGUAGUAAUGUUAGUGCAGCAAGUAACACAAGUAGUUCAUCCAUUGAAGACAGUUUUAGAGGCUCUUCAUCUCCAAACUAUAACAUGACUCUUUUUGUGAAACUCGGUGAAGUGUUUCGAAGAACAAGUUUAUCAAGACAAGAAGAGAUAAGAAACCAUGCAGUUUAUUCACUUCACAAGAGUUUUAACUUAGCUGAAGAAAUGCUAUAUACAUCGUCAAACUGCAUAAACUAUUUCAACCUUGUGAUAUUUGCUAUGGUUGAUGAGUUACAUGAGAAAAUGUUGGAAUAUUCAAGAAGGGAAAAUGCUGAGAGGGAAAUGAGAAGUAUGGAAAGUACUCUCAAACUUGCAAUGGAACUAUUGUCACAAAUGUACUUACAAUCUUUGAGACAAAUUUCUGAGAGUCCUGGAUUUAGAGCAUUUUGGUUAGGAAUAUUGAGGAGAAUGGAUACAUGCAUGAAAGCUGAUUUAGGACAUUAUGGUCCUUCAUCAUUGAAUGAAAUUGUUCCUGAUUUGUUGAAAAAGAUUAUAACACAAAUGAAGGAAGAGGGUUAUUUGGAACCUAAAGAAGAUGAUGAUAUGUGGGAGAUUACUUAUAUUCAGAUACAAUGGAUUUGUCCUCCUCUCAAGGAUGAGUUAUUUCCAUUGUAGACAUAUGACAUCAAAUUAAUAAGACAUGAUUUUCAGCUGUAUUGCCAUUUUCACUCGAGAGGAUACCUCAAUUUUAUUUCACAUUCUAUUAUUUUAUAUUUUCUAUCAGGCUGGAUAUGAAUGAACUCUUUGCCAAAACAUACUUUCAAUAGUAAUUAUUUUUUUUGAAAGAU